CUCAGCCGUGUACGUAGUGCAGUGGCUGUCGCUGAGGGGCAGAGCAUGAUGCAGACGGGGUCAGUGCAGCAGAAGAUCUCGUGUGUGUUCGUCACUCAGGUGAAGGAUGAGCCGUCCUCCAAGCGGGAGCACCAGAUGUUCAGAGUGCUGGCUACAGAAACCCUAAACCCUCUUGCACUGAAUGCCGCCAUUGACAGUGCCCUGGCUACAGAGAAGGUAGAUGGUACGUGCUGCUAUGUGACGACCCACAAAGGCCUCCCAUACCUCUGGGCCCGAUAUGAUAGGAAGCCAACAAAACAGGCAGAAAAGAGGUUCAAAAAAUAUAUUUUUUCAAAAGGAAACUCCAAAGACUUUGUUUGGAAUGUUGACGAGGAUUUCAAAGUUGUGCCCGAUUUUUGGACUCCAGCAAAAGGUGUGACCCGUUGUAAUGGUAAACUGUACCCGGAUGAAAAUGGCCAUAUACCAGGUUGGGUGCCUGUGGAAAAUGGCAAUAAGCAGUAUUGCUGGCAUUCAAGUGCUGUAAAUUAUGCAUUAGGAGUAGCCAUAGUAUUACAACCGAAGACAGAAGAUCCUGGAUCUUUGGAAAUUUGCCUUGUGCAUAUGUCAGAUCUUCUUGAGCAAACAUUGGAGCUCAUUGGGACCAAUAUUAAUGGAAACCCAUACGGCAUUGGUAAUAAGAAGAAUCCAAUUCACCUCCUUGUCCCUCAUGGCACUUUCCUCAUAAAGGAUCUAGAAGCUCUGGAUCAUAACAGUCUAAUGUCUUGGUUCAAACAUUGUCAGGAGGGCAAAGUAGAAGGCAUUGUAUGGCAUUGCAAAGAUGGAUCUUUAUUCAAGCUUCACCGCCAUCAUCUUGGAUUACACUGGCCCCUCAACGACACACACCUAAAUUCCAAGCCAGUUUCUAUUAGAUUGGAUUUAUGCAAAUAUGACUGCGAAGCAGAUUCAAGCACGUUACUAGGUCAGCUUUCAAAAAAAGACACUCUGUGUUAUGACAGAUUAAAAGACAUUAUGUUAGACUGAGAACAGCACUUCAUGAAGAGUAAAAUGUAGUGCUGACAGCUCAUCAAGCCUGAUGGGGAAUAUUGUGGAAGUUCUACAUUUUCAGCAUGUGGCACCCUCUGCCUGGUCAACGGAACAGACGUCUGCAAAGCCGCCUUAUUUGCAAACAUUACACACGUCUGAUGUAUGUUUUCAUUACAGCAAGAAGACUGGUGACUUCCUGGGAGCCGAGAACACAUUACUUGCACUUCUUUGAGGUUUUUCCAGUAGCAAUAACAUUUUAAGGAGAACUUGUGAGCUGUAAUAAUUUUGCAUUGAACCGUUCCUCUGUUAUUCCACCUGGAGACGUAUAAAUUAAUAACUAGGUGUUACUGUUAACCUUGUCAAUAGGAUGUAUCCCUCCAUGGUCUGACAUAGGGUUGUCAGAAUACCAGAAUUCCAAAUGGAUACCACCCCUGCAGCCUCUUCGAUCACUGCGCUCUACCCGGACUCUCGCCCCCUGCACUUUGUCACGACUCCACUGCCACAUGUGUGUGGCCACGACACCAUAGUGAAGAUCAAUGACACACCCACAGCAGCCGACACUCGUUAGUGAUCGCAGGCUGGUCCUCUUCUUCACUCUAUGGCACCAUGACUCUCAGGCCUUGAGGCAGCACGUGAAAAGAGAAGCGCUGCAGACACAAGACAGCUCCAUCCUCCCAGCACUCAAUCCCACCCCCCCAAAGCCUUCUUGGCAGCUGCACUUUUCCUUGCUCCACUGCCGCAGAGGUGCGGCAGUGGAUGAGAACAAGGCCUUUGUUAAGUUGUACGCGUGCCGUUUUCUCUAAUCAGAACUGCUACUAGGCUGUGUAAUAAGGCACACAGCUUAGUAUAACAGUGUUUCCCAACCAGUGUGCCUCCAGCUGUUGCAAAACUACAACUCCCAGUAUGCCUUGACAGCCUUUGGCUGUGCGGGCAUGCUGGGAGUUGUAGUUUUGCAACAGCUGGAGGCACACUGGUUGGGAAACACUGUAGUAUAACAUUACUGACUGUGUCAGUAUCGAACCAAAUAGAAUAUGAGAGUAUUGAAAAAGUACUGAUACUUUGAAACCUUGUGCAAGCCUAGUCGGACGUGGUCAGCAUCACAUUGUACAGGGGCACAUGCUGUUGAUGACAAUAGGAAUGGUAAUCUCUACUUGUCACAGUAUGUUCAGGAGGAAUGGCAAAGUGCAGAUAAUCCAGAAUUACUGUAUGCUAUGCAAGUAUUUACUAAGGUAGUCUUUAGGGUUGAAACAUCCUCUUUAAUGUCCUUAAAUCUGACGAGAAAUCAGUCGGCUUCCGCACAAAGGUAAAAUGUGACAAGUUUAUUUAAAUAUACAAAUAAGAAAUCACAACUAGAAAACAUACAACUGUAUAUCUGAAAAGAAACAAAUGUGUACAUUCUGUAUUUACAGGUGUAAUAAACUAAAUCCUUAAUCAAAUAUAAAAAUGUCAGUCUCCGUAUGUAAUUUGGCAGAGCAAACUUUAGGUUUUACCUUUCAUAAAAAAAAUUAAGUGCAAUUAUUCCUUCUCUAUUACUCAGUAAUAACAAUGUCAUGGUGCAUAUUCCUUUCACUAAGGCCUCAUGCACACGGCUGUUUUGGUCCGGCUUGGAUGCGGGCCCAUUUACUUCAUUGGGGCCGCAAAAGAUGCGGACAGCACUCCGUGAGCUGUCCGCAUACAUUGCUCCGUUCU